AUGUCCAGGAACAACAUCAAGCAAGUGUGGGCUCUGCUCAUGGUGUUGGUGUGUGUGGAGCUGAGUGGCAGAGCGAGCGCGGCACCCAUCUGUGUCCACGGCCAGGCGGGGUGCCACUUCCUCUCCCUGGCAGACCUCUUUGACCGGGUCAUCCAGCACAGUGCCAGGAUGCACAGCAUCUCCAGUGACCUGCACGCUGAAUUCGAGCAAUAUGUUCUGCCAAGCAGAAAUCAUAUUGGCAGGAUAAACCGCCACUGCCAUACAGCCACCAUACUAACCCCUAAUGGCAAAGAGAACGCGCAGAGACUGGCUAGAGAGGAGUUAACAGAGGUGAUUCUGAAGCUGCUGGUAGCAUGGAAGGAUCCUCUGUGGCAGUUCCACCAGAACAUGGUUCACCAGGAUGACUUCAACAACUUCAGCUCCAACAAAGCACUGGAGAUGAGCUACAUGGUGCACGAACUCCGCAAGGGAGUCGAGAAGGUGGCUGAUAAGGGUAAGACCGGGGAGAAUGGCUGA